UUGUGUAGGACAGCCCCUGUAUGAAGCAUUCCUAGGCACCGCACAUGGGGGAGGGCCCCUGCUCAAUGCAUUUGGCUCAGACUGGGACCCCAGUUUCAUGUCCUGAACACUCAGACCCCGCCCCUAGGUCCCUGGUACUUCCAUCCUGAUGUGCAGGACCAGAGCAGUGGGAUACAGGACUGUGCUCUACAGGGAACUAUACUGGCAUCUGCCAAGCCCUGCCAGGAUAUACUGGGAUCUGCAAAAUUGUACUGGGAUAUACUGGGAACUGCAGAGCUGUCUCUGGUGUUACACUCUGAUCUGUGGAGCUGUGCCGGCUAAUACUGGGAAUUGCCAAGCUGUGUUGGGGUUGAUACCCUCCUCUGUAGCAGUACUGUGCUGGGCAAUGCUGGUUUCUGCAGAGCUAUUUAUUCCUUUACUGUGAUAAGGGGAUUGCACUGGGAUCUGCAGAGCACUGUGACUGAUUAUACUGGGAUCUGCAGAGCAUUGUGACUGAUUAUACUGGGAUCUGCAGAGCACUGUGACUGAUUAUACUGGGAUCUGCAGAGCACUGUGGCUGAUUAUACUGGGAUCUGUAGAGCACUGUGACUGAUUAUACUGGGAUCUGCAGAGCACUGUGGCUGGUUAUACUGGGAUCUGCAGAGCACUGUGGCUGGUUAUACUGGGAUCUGCAGAACACUGUGACUGAUUAUACUGGGAUCUGCAGAGCACUGUGGCUGGUUAUACUGGGAUCUUCAGAGCACUGUGGCUGGUUAUACUGGGAUCUGCAGAACACUGUGACUGAUUAUACUGGGAUCUGCAGAGCACUGAGACUGAUUAUACUGGGAUCUGCAGAGCAGUUCUUCGCUGGGUGAUGCAGGGUUCUGCUGAGCACUUUGGACUUUUACUGUGACCUGGGGAUAACACUAGGAUUGACAGAACAGUUUUCUGCCCCAAGACCCUCUGCCUGUUGACAAAAUGUUGCGCUGUUUGGUACAAAGGGCCAGCAACCUCCCCAAUGUUGAGAAAGGGGUCAGGUACAGCGACCCCGUUACCAGUUUAACCUUCAGAGGGGUUAAGAAGAAAACGAAAGUGAUAAAGAACAAUCUGAAUCCCAUUUGGAAUGAGGGAUUUGAGUGGGAUUUAAAGGGAAUUCCCUUGGACAACAGCUCCGAGCUUGUCGCAGUAGUGAAAGACCAUGAAACUAUGGGAAGGAACAGGUUUCUGGGGGAAACUCGAGUCUCCCUGCGGGAUUUACUUACGUCUCCCAACCUGACGGCCACAUAUAACGCCCCCCUCCUGGACAGCAAGAAGCAGAGCACUGGGGCAAUAUUAACCUUGCAGAUAUCUUACUUUCCUCCACCGGGGGCAGCACCAGUCGCACCCCCUCCAAUACCCAAGGAGCCCACUCCGUCCCUUAAUGAGUUGGACACCUUCACCGAUACAGCUGGUGAAGAGGACACGGAAGACCAGGCAGGAACUGGUGAUGAGGCUGAUAUUGUCUCUCUUGCCCCUGGAGGAGCCGAGCAACCUACUCUCCCCAAGAAAACGGCCCCUGUCCCUGUGCAGGGAUUAAAGAGAAAGAAGAGUUCUUCCAAAAAACAGUUAUCCAACAAGCCGCAGGACUUCCAGGUUCGUGUUCGAGUGAUAGAAGGGAGGCAGAUCCCAGGGAUCAACAUCAAACCUGUCGUCAAAGUCACGGUUGCUGGGCAAACCAAAAGAACCCGGAUACGCAAAGGGAACAAUCCAUAUUUUGAUGAGACAUUUUUCUUCAAUUUUUUUGAGUCCCCGGCUGAACUCUUUGAUGAACCUGUGUUCCUAAAGGUUCUUGAUUCCCGCUCGCUCAGGACAGACUCAGUCAUUGGAGAAUUCCGGAUGGACGUUGGAAUGAUUUAUGGAGAAUCAAAACACGCCUUUCUGAGGAAGUGGCUUCUCCUCUCCGACCCAGACGAUUUCUCCGCGGGGGCCAAGGGGUACCUGAAGGUCAGCCUUUAUGUACUGGGACCUGGAGACGAGAGCCCCGCAGAGAAAAAAGAAACCUCAGAAGACAAGGAAGAUAUUGAAGGGAACUUGCUGCGCCCGGCCGGGGUGUCUUUGAGAGGAGCCCACCUUACUCUGAAGAUUUACAGGGCAGAAGAUCUGCCACAGAUGGACGAUGCGGUGCUGGACAAUGUCAAACAGAUCUUUGGCUUUGACAGCAACAAGAAAAACCUGGUGGAUCCCUUUGUGGAAGUCAGUUUUGCAGGAAAGAUGCUCCUCGGUAAGAUAAUGGAGAAGAAUGCCAACCCACAGUGGAAUCAGUCCAUUACACUUCCCAUCAGGUUUCCUUCUAUGUGUGAAAAAAUGCGCAUCCGCCUAAUAGACUGGGACCGUCUCACCCACAACGAUAUCAUUGGCACCACCUACCUGAGUAUGUCCAAAAUCUCAGCACCUGGCGGUGAGAUUGAAGAUGAGACACCGCCUAAGGCAUUGGCGCUUUCUAACUUUGACGACACUCUGGGAUUUCUGCCAACCUUUGGGCCUUGUUAUGUGAACCUGUAUGGCAGCCCAAGGGAAUUUACUGGGUUUCCGGAUCCUUAUGAAGAGCUGAACUUGGGGAAGGGAGAAGGAGUCGCUUACCGUGGACGGGUCCUUCUGGAGCUGGAAACAAAGUUGGUGGAGCAGGCAGAGCAGAAGGUGGAAGACAUUCCUUCAGAUGAUAUUUUACGAGUUGAGAAAUAUCUCCGCAGACGCAAGUACUGCCUGUUUGCCGCUUUCUAUUCAGCCACCAUGUUGCAGGACGUAGAUGACGCCAUUCAGUUUGAGGUCAGCAUCGGCAAUUAUGGAAACAAGUUUGACAACACCUGCCUCCCCCUGGCCUCCACUACUCAGUACAGCCGGGCUGUGUUCGACGGUUGUCAGUACUAUUAUCUUCCUUGGGGUAACGUAAAGCCGGUAGUGGUUCUCUCAUCUCACUGGGAAGACAUUGGCCACAGAACAGACACGCAGAAUAUUCUACAACACGCAAUAGACAAUCUGGCAGCUAAUCUGGAAUGGGUCCACCUUGCUAUAAAAGCUAAGAGCUCUCCCUACGACUUGGACGCUUUGGUCUCGCGUUUGAUUGAUGACAUCAUCACCGACUGCAGUCACCCUCUGCCAGAUGUCCAGUCUAUGCAAGGGACCACCCACCUUGACCAAUACUUGUACAGAUUCCGCAAGACAAACCUUGUACAGAUUGUCCAGGCUGCUCUGAAAUUUAAGCAUGAUGAUUGUGUGGAGCAGGAGAAUCUGAUGGAGCAGGCGGAGGAUUGGCUAAUGCGACUAAAGGCUAUGGCCGAGGAGCCGCAGAACAGCCUGCCAGACAUAGUGAUUUGGAUGCUACAAGGGGAGAAGCGUGUGGCUUAUUAUAGAAUGCCGGCCCGCGAUGUCCUUUACUCCAGGAGCGGCUCCAAGUGUUGCGGCAAGAACUGCGGGAAGCUUCAGACAAUAUUUCUCAAAUUACCUCAAGAAGGAACCCAAGGAGCGAAGAUGCCGGCCCAGGUUCGAGUCCAGCUGUGGUUUGGGCUCUCCGUGGAUCAAAAGGAAUUCAAUCAUUUUGCUCAGGGGAAAUUGUCUGUUUUUGCUGAGGCUUAUGAAAACCAAACAAAGUUGGCUCUUGUGGGCAACUGGGGAACAACUGGCCUUACGUACCCCAAAUACUCAGAUGUGACCGGGAAAAUUAAACUUCCGAAGGAGAGUUUCAAGCCUUCCAGCGGUUGGAGCUGGGCUGGAGACUGGGUUAUCAGCCCAGAAAAAACGCUGCUGUACGACACGGACGCAGGUCACAUGAGUUUCGUGGAAGAAGUGUUCGAGAACCAAGCCAGGUUGCCUGGUGGACAAUGGAUCUAUAUGACAGAGGCCUAUUCUGAUGUGAAUGGGGAGAAGGUUUUGCCGAAGGACGAGAUAGAAUGCCCACCUGGCUGGAAAUGGGAGGAUGAAGAGUGGUCCACGGAUACCAACAGGGCUGUUGAUGAGCAAGGAUGGGAGUACGGCAUCACCAUCCCCCCUGACCGGAAGCCUAAAUCCUGGGUGCCUGCAGAAAAGAUGUAUCACACCAACCGCAGGAGGCGCUGGGUCAGACUGAGAAGGAGGGACCCCAAGCAGAUUGAGAUCCUAAGAAAGCACAAGCCUGACGAGUCAGAGAGCGAGGGUUGGGAAUACGCCUCUCUGUUCGGCUGGAAGUUUCACCUAAAGUAUCGCAAGACUGACAGUUUCCGUAGGCGGAGGUGGAGACGCCGCAUGGAGCCUCUGGAACACACUGGGCCUGCAGCUGUUUUUGCUUUGGAAGGGUCCCUGGGUGGAAUUACGGAUGAUAAGAGUGAUGAUGGAAAAAACACGUCCACACUGAGCUUCGGGGUCAACCGGCCUACGAUAUCCUGCAUAUUCGACUAUGGGAACCGUUACCAUUUACGCUGUUACAUCUACCAAGCUCGGAACCUGGUGCCCAUGGAUCAAGACAGUUUUUCCGAUCCAUAUGCCAUAGUCUCUUUCCUCCAUCAAAGCCAGAAAACUUUGGUGGGGAAAAGCACGUUGAACCCAACAUGGGACCAGACACUUAUCUUUUAUGAAAUUGAAAUGUUUGGAGACCCCGAGAUCAUCAAAGAAUCCCCUCCAAACAUAGUGGUGGAAAUCUAUGACCAUGAUACCUACGGUGCAGAUGAAUACAUGGGACGGUGCAUUUGUAAGCCAAGUUUUGAGCGCUCGCCUAGGUUAUCUUGGCACCCGGUCGUCAUGGGCACUAAGAAUGUCGGUGAGCUGCUCGCUGCCUUCGAACUCAUCCACAGGGAAAAGCCGGCUGUCCAUCAUAUACCGGGACUGGAGGGAGAAAUCUCAGGGGUCCUCAGCGAGCUGCUUAUUCCUCGCUUCUUCACUGAGAGACUUCUUGACUGGACAUCAGACACGGACCUUCCCUACCCACCUCCACAGAGGGAGGCCAAUGUAUAUAUGGUGCCACAGGGAAUCAAACCCGUUCUCCAGCGUACUGCUAUAGAGAUCCUGGCCUGGGGGCUGAGGAACAUAAAGAGCUACCAGCUGGCUAGUGUGACUUCCCCCAGUCUGAUAGUGGAGUGCGGAGAUGAAUUGAUCCAGUCUGGUGUCAUUAAGAACGUCAAGAAGAAUCCUAACUUUGAUGUGUGUCUGCUCUUCAUGGAAGUGAGGUUGCCCAGAGAAGAUCUGUAUUGUCCACCGAUCAUUGUGAAAGUCAUCGAUAACCGUCAGUUUGGAAGAAAACCAGUGGUUGGCCAAUGCACCAUCAAGUCUUUGGAAGAGUUCCAUUGCGACCCCAACUCAGAAGAUCUGGAGGUAGAAGAAGGACUGUCAGACAAUGUCAGUGUUACACCCAGGGACGAGGUGCUCAUUGAUAUUGAUGAUAAAGAACCUCUUAUACCGACUCAGCUUACCGAUGGUAUGACCAGCUCAGCUAUUAUUAACUUGUCAUCCUCUCGAUCCAGUCUCCAUGAGGAAGAGUUCAUUGAUUGGUGGAGCAAGUUCUAUGCUUCUAUUGGGGAGAAAGAGAAAUGUGGAACAUACCUGGAGAAAGGAUUUGAUACCUUGCAGGUACUGGACACAGAACUAGAGAAUAUAGAAGAUUACGAAGGGCUCUCAGACUUUUGCCGAACUUUCAAACUAUACAGAGGGAAGACACAAGAUGAGACAGAAGAUCCUUCAGUGGUUGGAGAAUUUAAGGGUUCUUUUAAAAUCUAUCCUCUUCCUGAUGACCCUUCAGUCCCCAAGCCAGAGCCCCAGUUCCACCAAAUACCAGCCAAAGGUCUUCAAGAGUGUCUUGUGCGCGUCUAUAUUGUCCGUGCCUUUGGUUUGCAGCCAAAAGACACCAACGGCAAGUGUGAUCCCUACGUGAAGAUAUCCAUUGGAAAGAAGUCCGUAAAUGACCAAGAAAACUAUAUCCCCUGCACCUUGGAGCCUGUUUUUGGAAAAAUGUUUGAAUUGAACUGCACCCUACCUCUGGAGAAGGACCUGAAGAUCACGCUUUAUGAUUAUGAUGUGAUGUCGAAAGAUGAAAAGAUUGGAGAGACAGUCAUAGACCUGGAGAACCGUUUCCUCUCAAAAUAUGGGGCAAGAUGUGGAAUACCUCAAACGUACUGCAUAUCUGGGCCAAACCAGUGGCGGGACCAACGGAAACCUUCUGAGCUUCUUCGAAUCUUUGCACAGCAACGUAACAUAAAACCUCCUAACUUCAAAAACAACAGUGUAAUAUUCCGGAACCACGAGUACCACAUCUCCGAGCUUGAAGACAGCAAGUUCCCUAAUCCAUACCAGGGCCCACCAGAAGAACGGCUCGCUCUACACGUGCUCGGAAAGCAAGGCCUUGUGUGUGAGCAUGUGGAAACCAGGACCUUGUUCAGUCCUCUGCAGCCAGAUAUAGAACAGGGAAAGCUGCAGAUGUGGGUAGACGUAUUCCCUAAGUCCCUUGGUUCUCCAGGCCCUCCCUUUAAUAUAACCCCUCGGAAAGCCAAAAGGUAUUACUUGCGUUGUAUCAUUUGGAACACUAAGGAUGUGAUCCUGGAUGAUGUGAGCAUCACAGGAGAGAAGAUGAGUGAUAUUUAUGUCAAGAGCUGGCUGAUUGGCCAUGAAGAAAAUAAACAGAAGACAGAUGUUCACUACAGGUCUAUGGGAGGUGAAGGGAAUUUUAACUGGCGAUUUGUGUUCCCUUUUGACUAUCUUCCUGCGGAGCAGGUCUGCUCAAUGUCUAAAAAGGAGCAUUUCUGGAGCCUUGACAAGACUGAGAAUAAAAUCCCUCCAAACCUCAUUAUCCAGAUAUGGGACAAUGAUAAAUUUUCCUUUGAUGACUAUUUAGGUUCCGUGCAGCUGGACCUCAACCGGAUGCCACGACCUGCCAAAACAGCCGAGAAGUGCAGGCUGGACCUCCUGGAUGAGGAUGAGUCUGCCAAUAACUGCUCUUUGUUUGAGCAGAAGACCGUCAAGGGCUGGUGGCCAUGUGUAGGACAGGAAGGAGACGAGAAGAUUCUUGCUGGAAAAGUGGAAAUGACUUUAGAGAUUAUAAAUGAACAGGAGCACGAGGAAAGACCAGCCGGCAUUGGUCGGGAUGAGCCAAAUAUGAACCCAAGACUUGAAGACCCAAAGCGUCCAGAAACCUCAUUCUUCUGGUUCACAUCCCCAUACAAGACCUUGAAGUACAUCCUGUGGAGAAGAUAUAAGUGGCUUAUUCUCGUCUUCUUCAUUGUAUUCAUCUUACUGCUGUUCCUUGGAGUCUUCCUGUAUUCUUUCCCAAACUACGCUGCUAUGAAACUGGUGAAGCCAUUCAGUUGAUCAGGGAUGACCAUAGCCUGCUAGUUAAUGAAGCUCCUGCCUUUCAGCACCAAAGAACAUGGAGACGCCAAUGUGGAAUAUUUGAAACGUUGCUUCUAGAACUUUGGCAAUGGAAACCCAGCUGCUGUAUGGACAUGUACAAUAUAUUUUGUCUUUUAUUAACUUUGCCUUAUAUGUAACGCUACAUACCCUCUAUGCACUGGAGGCAGCAAUCACUGACCAGUGGAUCUGCUUCAAAACUUGCGCACUAUUACUUUUCAAUAUGUUCUAGAGUGAGCUAUCAAGAACCUAAAUAUCUAGAAAAAAUCUAUAAAAUUAAAUAUGGGGAAGUAUAAUUCCAUUAAUAACGUUUUAAAGUUUCUUCAGCUUUCAUUAAAGGGCACUUAGUCCCUGUACUACAUUAUCUGCCAUUAUACCAAAUAAGCAAUAUGGCUGUUUCCUGUUGGGAUCUAUUAUUCUGUACAUUCUGCAUAGUUUUAUGAUUCUGAUUGAUGGGUCUGUAAUCAGCCUUAUUGCUUAAAGCUAUAUCCAGUAUUAUAUAUAUAUGUGUGUGUGUGUGUGUGGGGGGGGGGGGAUUUACAGUCAAGUUUAUCAAGACUAGGUAAUUGGUGAAGGAUCAUCUGCACUUCUAGAGAAUUCAGUGCCUGUCAAUGAGCAGAGAUCACAACUCUAACUCAGUUCUCUGGGUGUGAUGUUACUCUUCACAUCAAAUCUCAUUUCUGUCUUUAGUCUUCAGAACCUACCUAGAUCUGCCCAUUAGCAACUUGAGCUCCUUUAGAUGGUGUCCUAUUACAACCCACAGCAUCCACAUGACAAGGACACCUCACACACUUUUUAUUCAGUUGCUUUCAAGGCUUUGAAGACCUCACUAGUGAUACUAGAAGGCCAUUUUUGGAAGAGCAGAGAUGAUAGAUAUGAUACAUAUAAGCAUAUUUUCCCUUUAUUAAUAGAUGUAAUUACCCUGACCUUAUUUUCUAACAUGGUGGUCAGGUGAAAAAAGAAACAUAAGAGAUGAGCACUGUAUAUUGGUAGCCCACUGUCACCCCAGAAUUUCCAUUUACAAUAACUAGAAAGUGAAGGCUUCUCUCGUCUUUGACCUACUGUAACUAACUAUAGCUUUAAUUUACUGACGUUGUUUCUCUACUUUGAGAGGUUGUUUGAAACCAAUAUGGUCUUCUUAGAGUAUAGGUAUUCAAUAGCUAAGAGCCAAAAUUGCUCUUCAGAAACAGAUGGACCUUGUCUUUAGCCUCCUAAUGUUAAGAUGAUGCCUUCACAUCAACACCUGCUUUUAUGUUGUCUAUUGAUGUAAGUGAUGCUUUUAGCCAGUAGCUUUCAGAUGUUUGUUGGUGGUCAAAGUUGUACCAAAUGAAGGGCCACAAGAUGACCAACAAAACUGUCUCCAUGUUUUUCUACCUGUAACUGUUGACCUGUGGGGCCCCACUUAAAGACUAAAUCUUUCCAAAAAGUUUUAUUCCACCUUUUGAGUGCCUUCAGUUCUGUCUUACAUAUAAUAAAUAUUGCCUUACGUCUCAUAAAACUAUGCAAUAAAUAAUGUUAGGCCUAACAUAUCAGGAAAUAAAUCAGUUUAGGUAUAAUAUUGCUUUGAUUGAAUUUUGAAACACUGGAAGAAAAGUCACUUAAAACACCCAGAGAAUUUCCAUGUAUUGGGGUGCAUGUUCCUGCAGUAUAGAAUCUGACCCCAGGGGUAGGCACUUUAGAAUAUAACGUUAGUACAUUAUAACUCCAAGAGUACAAUAAAGUUGCUGGAUGGUUGGUAUAGCUUACUGACUUGGGGGCAAAUGUUAACUAGCAAUACUAGUAUGGUUAGUAAAGUGAGCAGCACUGUAGAGAUGUACUAUGGGAAUUGAGCCAUUAAAGAGUGUAAGUGUUUUUGGUGUUCAGGGGCAGAAGUCUCCCCAUUAUCUGUCACUCUUUGAAUCCACCCACGACUAUGGCAUGUUUUUAUUAACAAUUCCAGUUGACAGUUCCUAAACUGUUAACAGGUCUCAUCAGAAUAUUUGUCUUCUCUCAAAAUGAAUGCAGAUGGAGCAGUAUUUAUUUUUCAGUCCAUAAUCUGACUACAACAACAUCCCAUUCAUUUUAGUGGGGAGAAAAGUUAUAGCAGUUUGUCAAAAGCCUAAGGGGCCCAUUUAUUAAACCUCAACUUUCUUCUGCUCGAGGAUUUUAGAAGGAAAAUUAAAAAUUUUCAUGGAUAAAAAAACCUCAAUUUUUUAAAGAUUUAUUAUACCCCAAAGCUGCUAAAA